AUGGACUCUCAAUCCGUAUUCCCCUUUUUCCGCCUUCCGGCUGAGCUCAGGCUCGAGAUCUACAAGCACGUAUGGACCGUUCCGGAGGCCGAAUACGUGUACCAGCCCAACGACCGUGACUACCGGUUGAGGCUCUCAGUAGACUACCUGACAGCUCAACUCUCGGCAAUCCGCAAGCUGGGCGCCAUCAGCCAGCGCAUCCGCGCGGAAGCUUACCCGGAAUAUUUCGACCACACGCAAAUCCUUCUCCGCUAUGAUACCGCCUGGAGAAACUGGUUUCCACUUGAUGACCCCGGCUGGGACGACCGCAACAGAAGGGCGCUGUACAUUAUCAGCAGCUCGUACCUGCUCCAGACCCAGGCGCGACACGUCUACCUGCACUGGCCCGCUCGUGGUAAAGAAUCCUCAAUCUCGAUGUUUGAGGUAGGCAACUCCCGCAUGCGCGCUCGGUGGCAGGAAGAGCUGCUCAACGAGCAGUGGGCUCUUGAGUGUGUCUCUCGCUUCAAGAACCUGAGGAGUCUGGAUGUUCAUGUGGAUAAUGGUUUGGUUAUUCACUGGAAAGACCAUUACUGGUUUCAACACGUGUAUGAGUUUGAUCAUCCCGAUCCCGAUCACGAUCACGAUUACAAAAAGGAGCUCAAGCGCUUGUUCUAUGACGACGAGCGCCGCGCAAAGCUGAUCGAGGCGUUGAAGACGCAUCAUCGAAAGUUGGAGAAGGCGGUUGUGCGGACGGAUCUUGGCGACUCCCGAGUUGUCGUUGUCAAGCUGAUGGACGAGCAUAAGGCGUUUAAGUGGUGGCGCCGACUCAAGAAGGACGUGGCAGUUUUGGCUUCUCAAGGCCCUUCCACCGCGAAAGGGGAGAAAGAGGACACGUACGUGUUCAAGCAACACAUCGGCGGUCUCAAGCUUUGUUGGCCGAGGGCAUCCACGGUAUGAUUUCCGAGCACACAAACGACUGCCCGGCAGACCAUGCCAGAUGGUGGGAGGUAGAAGGUCCGUGUGUUUUGCGACGGUUUGGCGUAGGGGAAGAUUCUAAACGGUGUUGAGUCCAUGUAUUAUGAUAAGCACAAUCCGUCGGUCGAACAGGACUUGAAUAUGUCAAAACAUCCACGACAUGGAGCUACGAACCAUGUGAUAAGAUCUUGGGCAAUGAAGAUCAAGGGACAGACAUGAGGUGGGAAGGAGUGAUGGAAAAGAACUGUGAGGCAAAAGGUGGAGAGAUCCAAAAAUUUGAUGGAAGUGGUUGAAUUGAUGAGAAAAAGUAGCAAGUCAAAGGGCUGGCGAUGUUCUCUAGGCUGGAAAGAUAAAUUGACGGAUAAUAUGGGGAAAUGAAAGAGAACAGAAAGGGUGCCUUUGUCUACUCGUCUGUCGCAUGCCAUUUUGCCUUGAGGAUCACUCGUUUUUGAGGAAAAAAGCCG